GCAACAGGCCAAACACACAGGCGAUUGAGUUCCAGUCACUCCACAUCAAUAGAAAGAGUCAUUAUCUGAUAUUCCACAUAUAAUCAUGACACCUUGAGCUUUGCAGAAAUGGCUCUUCAAGCAACCACACAUGGAUCCCUACAUUCAGGUAAGAGAAAGUCACCGGCUUGACCUUCAUAUUGAGUUUGUAUUUGGAUAUUAAAUGCAACUUGUGUCCACAGCUGAACAAAGAGUCGCAGACAUUGACUACACAGAGCUGAGCAACUUGUGCAGAAUCACACGGCUAAAUCAAAGUCGCAUUUCUACUGAAGAGAGCCAUAAAAAAUUCAUGAGCUCUUAUAAAAGAGUGUUCCUGUGCCCUCUGACAUCUUUACCCAGAAUUAACCUUAAAAGCAUCAUUCAAACUCCAGUGGAGCGACUAUCGGAGUCUUUUCAGGAGGUCAGAAGACAUCAGCCACAUGGAAAACUGACUUGUGAGUCACUCGUGAGUCACGUGAUCAAAGCCCUGAAGAAACUGCCCAUUCAGCGAUCUCAACAUGAGCAUUAUGUCAUUUAUAAACUCCUGAAGGGAAUCCACAGCGUGACUUCUCAGCUGAGCUCACAGGAGCUGAAACAGAUCAGUACCAUCACCACCAUCGAGACCUGGGACCGCGGACAGAUCAUCUUCGGCCAUAAUGGAUUUUACCUCAUUCUGACGGGCUCUGUGAAACCGCACAUUCGGGAAACCCUUAAAGAGGACCAGAAAGUCUCUACGAUUGCCGCUGGUGGUUCCUUUGGUUCUUUUGGAUCUGUGAACGCUUUAGACGGAGAUGCCAUCAUCCAAUGUGUCCUCACACUGGAGACCUGCGAGAUUCUGAAAAUAUCUUGCUUUGGCUGUCUAAAGCUAAAAAAGGACAUCUUGGCACAGGAUUGUGCGGUUAAAAUGACUUUGAUCCAGUCUUGCCAGCUAUACCUCCGUUGGCCAAAGCUUUCCAUCAACCACCUGGCCGACGGCACGCAUCUAAAAACCUUCCCAGCUAAUCAAGUGCUGGUGAAGGAGGGAGAAAUCUGUCCAUUUGUGGUCUUCAUUGGUCACGGAGAAUGUAACAUCCUUCAGGACGUUGGGUCGUUAAUGAAACCCAUGGACAAAAAGGACUGCAAGAUCAAAUUUGUGGUGGUUGGUAAACUGGGGCCAAAGCAGUCGUUUGGAGAGGUCAGCAUCCUACUAGACCGGCCCUCCCCGUGUACUAUUAUAACUGCCACUGAAGUUCACGGAGGAAUUAUUCAAGCAGAAUCUUUGAAAGAGCUGGACGCAGUGACCACCUCUCUUAUACUACAGACUGCGCAACCAAUAUGUGGAAAGCUCAGUAAGGAGGAAGUCAUGAAGGAGUUCCUGACACAGGAGAGGAUGAAAAAAUGGGAACUUGAGAAGAAAAAGAUACUAUCUGAUUCUGUGUUUUAUAAUGGCGUUCACCCAGGAAGUGGCAAAUGGACUUUUAACCGAGGACCACAACGAGUAACUGGGGAGAUCAAGACGUCCACAUAAAUAUUGGAAAUGCACACCCGAAUAAAACGUAAUGACAUUCACAUCUCCACCCACACAUCCAAACACAUCUACUGCCUUAAUGAAGACGAAAACCAGGACUUGGAAUCUAUGCAAAUGUGUCCAAAUCUAUAUCUUCUGUUUUCGCUUAAAACGGGAGUUCUGGAUCCCGUAGCUGUCACACGUUCCAGAAACACACUUAUAUAUCAAGCAUCUCUCCUAAAAAAAUCCAUUCAACGCAUUAUAAAAGUAAUACGCUUGUUGUGUGAGCCACAAGGAUUUUAAAUGGACUACCAGGUGGAUCGAAAGCGGAAAAAGAGCGCUGCAGUUAAACCCACAUGGACUGACAGAAUGAGAUGCUUCUGUUGAGCACAACCGAGGAUGAAUCUACACUGGCUGCAAAGAUCCGAUGAGUUCAUCCCACAAAUCCACAGCCACGUCAGCUGACAAAGAAUCUUCCUCCCGUUUUGUUUUCCGCCAUGUCCUUUCAAAUAAAGCGUUGUGUUCACGCUGUCAUGUCAGAGUGACGAAAGGUUGUCAUUUGGACAUGUGCAUGGGAAUGUGUUCAUAUGCUGGGCGCGUUUCCCCUCAGUUUUACCAACACAGUCUCACGGGAAUUCGUAACAUUGUCACGAACUGUAAUCUAUUAAUUCGUGUUUACUGACACGAAUUCCCCCUUUUUUCGUGUCAAGGCAUGUCCACACCGGAACGAUAAUCGCGCUCGUCGACGUCUUGACUAAACAAAGGGCGCCAACGUGAGUGUGCACAGACGCGCAAAACGACAGGCGUAAAAGCGUAAUUUUUUUAAAUGCCUCGAGGCAUCGAAUGCAUCGGACUCGUUUUUUUGGUUUGACGCGCCGCGUUAAAAACUGGCCGACCAAUGAGAUUGGCGCUUUUGUUGACGUGCCUGGAGCUUCUGAAGUUACAGUUCCAUACAACUUGGUGGCGCUCAAGCACAAAAUGGUCUUGCCCGAGCACACAUUGACGAAGAGGAAGCAAGAUGAAUUCUUCUGUGUGACAAGCGAGUGUCAGAAGCAUAAAGUUGCGCAGCGUCACCUUGUGAACCGGGGUAUUUCUGUUUUUCAUUAAGUGCCAUCUAUGUCAGGGAGUGAAUUUGCACGUUCCCUCAGCUCAUCGCCAGUGAAAAUCGUUUGGGUAUAAACGCCGAAAAACGCCUUGAAAAACGUCUCGAAAAACGCUGCCGAAUGUAUUUUAAAACGCAGUAUCUUUCAUAUGUAUAAAUAUAUAUAUACAUUCAAAAAAGGUCGUGCUCACUGACACGAAAGUUAAUAGAUUCCAAAUUUCGUGUCAAUGCCACGAACUGCCGUGAGACAGGGUUGGUUCUACACUUGUCAGGUCAGUCAUGAGUCAUCUGGGUGAAUAUUUUGAGACAGGCUUUUAAAUCAUAAUCUAAACAAGUGCAAAGGCCUUUAAACAUCAACAUAUCAAAGAGAACCUGAAUUAUUGCGUUGCGUGGUAUCUGCCAGACAGCAAGGUCUCGCAUGUGUACUGUAAACUCAGAUGAUUUAGUUCUGUAGCUAAAUUCUGUUGCCUUGUGUCAACUCAGGUCUGACAGAUCUUGAGUUAACAAAUUAUACGGAAACUCCAAGCCUAGAAUAGUGUGAGUUUGUUUUGGGUAGAGAAAUGUUAACCGGCCCCGGAUGGCUAAUCUCGUAUUGCUGUAAGAAAACAGUUUGAGUUCUUUGUAUAACCGUAAGCUUUAUUUAGUCUGUGUCUGUUCUUGGAUAAUUGUGUCUGAUUGUCCUUAGAUGACUGACUAUGCACAGCCCAUGAUCUGGUUGCUAAAUUUAAGCAAAUAUUAUCGUUGUUUGUGUGUUUGAUAGAUGUUUUUGAGUUUUUGUUGCUGUUUUGACGGCUUUAGUUUUCAAGCACCUCCAGACAAAACACGAAAACCGACUCGCAUCAAACGUCUGAUCAGGCUGCUUGGAUGUUUUUUGUUUAUUUAAGUUUGAUUUCAAAGUACUUAGUCAUGGUUGUCUUUACUAAUGUAAUAAUACUUUUACAGGUGAGCUUUAUUCACGGCAGUGUUUAGGCAGGUGGGUGCAUGUUUCUGUUUUGUGUGUUUGUUUGGAGAAGGCCAUGUGACUAUCACUAAAGUGUAGAGUGGGUUUGUAUGUGAACCGAAAGGAUGUGAAGAGACCAAGUAAAAUACACUAUUAAAUGCCCCUUGACCUUGUGGCACCUGCUGGCUUUCGGGAAAUCAAUAAUUUUCACGGUAGGACUGUGAUAUUUUGCAAGUGCGUAAAAAAUUGCAUACCUAAAAGUAGCAAAAAUUUAAGUAACAAAAAAUUGUUCUCUCGACAGUAACUUGCAAAUGCUCUGUAGCUGUUUAAUAGUGUUCGGGCUCAUUUACCACAGGUCCUGUGACCUCAUAAUUAAUGUUUUCCAAACAACAGGAAGCCGAUAUUUCGCACAAAUGAGCGCAUUCUGUGACAUCCACCAUUGUUUUCCCUUCGCCUGACAAGAUCGGAAAUAGUAAUGGAUCAACAAUGCAAUUUUCCUGUGUCUCGGCAGCCCAAAACCUCUGUAGCCUACAAAACAUCCAUCAUACGGCCUACACCAUCACCACAAAUAUCUCCCGUUCACAUACAGUGAAGACGCAGUGAAUCCAUCUGCUCGAGUCCGGCCCUUCCCUUUCCAACCCAUUAGAUGUUUAUCAUGUUCAGUUUGUCUCAAACUUACCCCAUUCAUCAUGAAUACAAGCAUAGAUUUAGAAUCCUUUUCUUAACGCACGUGUCAUAAUUUGCACACUUGUGCACUAUUUUAUGCCAUUUGGUAGUAUACAUUUGAGAGUAGUGUGUUCACACUGAAAAACGUAAAGCUACAAACUAAUUUUUUUUGGGUUGUUUCAACCCGCUGCUGGGUACAAACCCAGAACAAACCCACCUGUUGGCUUGAAGUUAACCUACUUGGUUUCUUGGUUGUUUCAAACUGUGGUUGGGUCAAAUAUGAAUUUAAACCAACAAAUGGGUUUUGUGUAAACAUUGGACAUUAAUCAAUAUAUCGUUGAUGGCCAAAUUUGUUGUUUUUCAGGAAAUGGAAAAAAACAAUGCACUUUUAAAAUGAUUAAAUACUGUGUUGUCAAAGUUGAGAAGCAUUUUUAAAUACUUUUUAUUGGUUGUAGCAAAACCUACACUGUAAAACUUUGCUGUAAUUU